AUGUCGUCGAGACGCCUUCCUCUCAGCUGCGAGAAUUGUCGCCAGCGCAAGAUCAGAUGCAUCACCUCUGGUUAUAAUGCCCCCUGCGAUACCUGCUCUCGUCGUGGUUAUGCCUCAAGCUGUCGCUUCCGCCGCCAGGAUCCCUACGAGGCAGCAGCUCGAUCGCCGGAUGCGACAAAUGUUUCUUCUUUGGAGGACCUCCUGAGACGGAAUAUUGCAGUGACAACAGCGCUGCUAGACCAGCGAAAUGAAGCUCGGCUGCCGUCUCCAGAGUCGAGCUCCCCCGCUUCACAGAUUGCCACCGGAGAACGUCCAAGCCAGACCGUCCCCAACCAACAAUCAGGCCGUCUAGUUGUCUCACCAUCGAAUCAUGUCCGGUUCAUACCUUCAAAUGGACUCGGUGAUUCCGAGCUCAUUGAUGCAAUGCAUGAGACGACCUCUGGGUGUCCGACCGGGUUUCCUUUCUUCGAACAGGCCGGCGCAAGUGCUGUCUCGGACGAGCUGCUAGAUAUGCUCCCUCCUCUGCCACAACUGGAAGAGCUCAAGGCAGUAUACUUCGAAGUAUUCUCGCCGAUAUUCCACAUCCUUCAUGACCCGACCUUUCAUGCUACGUAUGACGAGUUCAGGCAGAAUCCGAAAAGCAUCUCAUUGCCCUGCCUUGCCCUUCUCUUCGUCAUUCUCAGCCUCUCGGUCACUGCACUGGACGAAAGCAACCCUCUACUUAUGCAUCUCGGCCGCGACCCAUCGCCCGGGGCUAAUAUUCGCAGUCUCUCAGCCAAAUACAGGGGCGCGGCCAUGCGCUGUCUUGUCGCUGACAACUUCAUGUUCCGUCACAAUCUCUGCACGGUUCAGUGUCUAGUUCUGCUCAUCUACGCGAUCAACCAUUCCCAAGGCCCGGCCUGGUCUCUCCUCGGUACAGCUCUCCAUAUUGCUAUUGCUAUCGGUUGUGCAGUUGACCCAGCACGACUCAACGUCAACCGCAUCGAGGCCGAGGAGCGUCGACGAUGCUGGGCUGCGUUGCAGAUGCUGUAUACCAUCCAGAAUACCUGUCUCGGGAAUCUCAUGCCUUUCCGCAUUGACUCUCAUGUGGAAUUGCCGGCUGACAUUGAGGAUGAUGACUUGACGCUCGACACUUACAGGAAUCUCCCUAGUAAAGGCGACGCUCCAACAAAAAUGACCUAUCUACUAUAUAAAUUCCGUUUAUAUAAUCUCGCCUUCGAAAUCUGCCAACUCACAUCCCCGGACGACCGUGCAAAAGCAGACGCCCUUGGUGCAAAGAUUUCCUAUGAGCAACAAUGUCAUUUUACACGCUUCACAUCAAGACCACUCGCGGAACUGGAGCCUUAUCACCAGGCUCACUACUACAUUCUCGCCAACUACACCAACCAUCUUACCGUUCUUCUCCAUAGGCCAUGGCUCUCAGACAACAGAUACAAACAAAGUUCAGAUCGAUGCGAGCACGCAGCAACCAUCAUCCUGUCUAAUUUCGAAAAGCUUUACUCGGAGCCUAUAUUCCGCUCAUACCGGUGGUACGUCGACGGGCUGGGCUCCUUCUAUGCGUUUUUCUCCAUCACUACGCUGCUUGUGCUACACGGAAAUGGACAGCUGGAUGGCCAGGCGAGACCAGAAACGAUAAUUCUUCUUCUCCGGUGCGUAGAGCUACUUGUUAACAAUGCUUCGAGGAGCGCUGUUUGUUCGAAAGCUGCUGCAGUUCUCGAGCCCGUGGUGCAACAUUUGAACCCGGUAGAUUUGACUGCUUCUCAAUAUAUGAGUCCGAUUGGUGAAGAUGUCAUAUACACUGCCUUUCCUGAGCUGGGAAAUAUGUUUUUUGAUGUGCCGUGUGAGCAGCUAUUGACACCGGCGGGGUUUCCUUGGGUUACUUCCUCUAGUGUGGUCUAG